AUGGUGUAUGUAAUUCCACAAGAAAACGUAUUUAACGUCAACAUAAAACCCAAAUAUGUGAAGGAGAGCCGAGAAAAUAUACUUAACUCUUUGAAGUUCUUUGUUAUAUGUUCCCAGUUCUUGGGAAUUUUGCCUGUGGAAAACAUUACAGUUCCAAAUAAACUACGGUUUCGAUGGAAGAGUUGGAAAGUUCUUUAUACUCUGUUAUUUAUUGGAAUGACGAGUUUUGCAUCGACUUUAUGUUUGUUGGAUUGGUUUUAUGCUGGAUACGUCUUUAAUUCACUAGGUAUAACUAUAUUCUAUUCAUCGGCAUUGGUGACUCUAAUACUGUAUGUAGAUCUAGCUCGUUCUUGGCCCAAAUUAAUGACGUUAUGGUGUAGGAUCGAUAAAAUUAUGAAUAAUUCUUAUGGAUAUCCAAAAUCACUAAAUAGAAGGUUCUAUAUAGUAUCAAUAACAUAUUCGAUACUGGCUUUAGGUCAUUUUUUAAUAAAUACAGUAUAUAAAUCCCUUUCCAUUAAAGAGAGCACUGGAAAUGAGUACAAUUUUAAUAAAUAUUAUUUCAAAUCGUUUCCUCAGAUGUUCAGAUUUAUCCCUUUCAGUGCCGUGUCAGCUACUUUUUGCUUUAUAGUACACAUACACGGCUUUUUAACAUGGCUGACAAAUGAUUUGUUCAUAAUUUUGAUCAGCAUUGCUUUGGCUCUCAGAUUUAAACAAAUUUCCGAACGACUUGUCCGCAACCAGAGAACAUUUCAGAACAAAAGUCUUCAUUUCUGGAAAGAAAUUCGGGAGGAUUAUGACAGAUUAAGUCUGCUGUGUAAAGAACUGGAUAAACAUUUAUCAUACAUGAUAUUGCUAUCUUUUUCCAUGAAUAUAUUUUUUCUUCUUGUGAAGCUGUAUAAUAGUCUAGAGGGUUUUGCGGAUGUUAGUGGACAAGUAUAUUUUGUAUAUUCUUUCAUGUAUCUAAUCAUAAAAAUUGUGUCUGUUUCUCUAUAUGCUGCUUGGAUAAACGAUGAAAGUGUUGGUCCUGCCAGUAUUCUAAAUUCUGUACCUGCCUCCUCAUAUAAUAUAGAGAUUCGACGACUUCUAACGCAAAUAAGUUUUGAUAAUGUUGCAUUAACCGGCUGCAGAAUGUUUAAAGUUACCAGGGGAAUCAUUCUUAGCAUUGCUGGAGCUGUAGUAACUUAUGAAUUAGUUUUAAUACAGUUCAACGCUGCUACUGGACUGAAUACAACUGAAUAA